CGGUAAACAGCGGAGAGGAAACGAAGAGAGACGAUGGUGGCGAUCUCUCUCUACCGCGGCAACCUCCACCGGGUCCCCGACGUCCCGCGGAGGUGGCCGUUGCCGCCGCCUGCCAUCUCCCUCUGCCAGUUUAAGAUCCUCAUCCGCAAGCGGUCCGAGGCCCUUUCUCGCCUCUCUGCCGCCCCCGUUGCCGCCACAACCCUAGAUGUCAAGGUUGAGGGGAAAUCGAAGGAGGAAGUCAAGGGAGACGACGAUGGAGCCAAGAUUGGCCUCUCUGUACGGGAGUAUUCUUCUGUUCUCGAUCCCGAACCCUCGAAUUCCCAGCCGAAGUGCAAGGAAGAGACGAGGGAUCAUGAGGCGUUUCGAGAGUCCGAGGUCGGUGCUUCCGCUUCAGAUGCUCCGGCCGGUGCGCCUUCCACUCGGGAGGAGGAGGAGGUUCGUGAUUCGAAAAUUGGUGAAGCCGGCGUAGUCGAUGGAAAAUUUGAGGUAAGAGGUGCGCUUGGAGUUGAUUCUUUUAUUUCUGUGUUCCAUGAAACCUCGUGGAUUAUGUUGCUGAUGCUACCGAUCUUAGAUAAUUUUUACUCAGUUGAUGUCUAUUUUUAUGACACUCGGGACUUCAUUGACCUAACUGUUUUGUCCAUCAUUCUUGUGAGAAACAAAUCUGAUGUUGUUAGUGACAAGGAGGAAAGAAAACGAGACUUGGAGAAGAAGUUGCAUGUCUUGAAUGAGAAGAAACACAAUCUCGUCCAAAUGUUGAAGCAGAUCUUAAAUGCCGAAGAAGAAAUAAAAAGGCGGAGCAUGCAGUCACCUGUUUUACAUCCUUCUAUUCCCCAAAAAGCAGAGAUGACACUGGAAAUGGGUUCUGUGAAGCAGGUCCCCAAGCUUACUGUAGAGGUUAAUUUUGGUAGUGAUUCAGGUGGGGAAUCAGAUGCUGCAGCUAAGAACAACAGUCAUGUACGACAGUUGCAUCACACCCAUAGUACAUCUCCAUCUGCAGCAUCUUUAACAAGGACAACAUUUGGCUCUUUCCAGCAUAACACAGGUCUUCAAAAUAUUAGAGCUAGCAUGACAGCCACCGGCUAUGGCCCAACUACUCCGAAUUCAUCGGCAGGUGGUGCCAUGGUUAGUCCAUCACGCUUUGCUCCUGUAGGACAUCAGAGCCAGACGCCGAACCUCACUCCUGUGGCAUUGCCUGUCAACCAUUUUAUUGCUUCUUCGCCGUCACCAGCAGCAUCUGGAGGUGCUUCCUCUGUCUUCAUGGAUCCUUGUCUGACCAGCUCCUCAUGAAACACAUGCAUUGUGCACGGUUUAUCAGCUACAAUGAUGUGGUGCAGCACUCACACUCGUCGUGCUUAGGGCUUCGUUUCCCUAUCAAGUGGAUGUGGUUUACUGCACAUUCGUAGUGGUAUCAUCUGCAGUAGGGUUUGAUGGCCCCUUCUAUGUUCAGAUCACAAGUAGCAUCCAUUCUUGGUCUUACUGUGGAGUGAACCGAGCCGAUAGCAUCUGUUGGUGUUCCUGAUCCAGUAAGUGGGCUUAAUCAGGGUUGGAAACUCCUCCUUGUAAGCAUUGGUUGUGAACUGUUGGACUGUGAAUCCCAAAAGCUGUAGGGUCUUUUGCUGAAUCUCAUGAUUGGAAUGAAGUAUUGACGCAGCAUCA